CCAAUAUGCUAGUUGAAGAAUGAUUUGAUAAUCUAAUGGAAAGCUCGAAUGAAGAAGAUUACAUACCUUCUAUAGAUCAUAUUUCCUCAAUUUCCCAUGGUGUUUCAAUCCUUGCUGACCUAAAUGAUACUGCCAUUGAGUGUAUGGAGAAAGAUUUGUUAGAAGAAGCAGGAGAGAGCUUGCUACAGGCAAUAGAAGCGAUUCCAAAAAUUCAGAGUUUACUGGAAAAAGAACCUAUAAAAAAGCAAAUGGCUUUUGAUUACUCUUAUAUUUGAACAAUCUUCUACAACAUGGCUGUGGUUUAUCAAAAAUGAUCGAGUCUCGAAGAUUGCAGACUUUUCCUUGACAAGACCCUUCAAUGAAUGAAAAAGCUGGAUAUAUUUAAAUUUAACCAGAAAACAGUUGAUGUAAAUCUUCAACAAGGCAAAGAUAACAGUGAGUUUGGCAAAAAUUAUAUUCCAAAAACUUCGAAUGAGAUUAACUCGGCACUAGUAAUUCUGCGUUUUCUUUCAAAGUACACCUUACAAUAUUGAGCUGUAUUGAGCCAAUUGAGUCUCCAUGAGGAAGCGUUACAAAAGAGUAAAGAAGCUGCACUCUACUGACAAUAAAACAAUUAUUUCUAACUGAGAGAUUGUGUAAAUAAGAGACUUCAGAAGAUCUCUAAA